CGCGAGCACAAGCCGACAAAGGGCGAGGAAGAAGCGGCCGAACGUGAGCAGCAUGGCCGCGGUGCUGCGGACGCUGUUGUUGAGCACCUUUUGUCCCCUGGUGCGAGGCGAGCCACUGCUGCUGUACGCCAACCGUCGGGACCUGCGGCUGGUGGACGCGUCCCGCGAGCGCGCCAACGCCAGCGUGGUGGUGGGCGGCCUGGAGGACGCGGCGGCCGUGGACUACGUCUUCUCGCGGGGGCUCAUCUACUGGAGCGACGUGAGCGAGGAGGCCAUCAAGCGCACCGCCUUGGACCGGGCGGGCGGGGGCGGGGGCGCCGUCCACACGGUGGUGCCCGGCCUGGCCUCCCCCGACGGGCUGGCCUGCGACUGGCUGGCCGCCAAGCUCUACUGGACCGACUCGGAGACCAACCGCAUCGAGGUGUCGGAGCUGGACGGGAGCCUGAGGAAGGUUCUCUUCUGGCAGGAGCUGGACCAGCCCAGGGCCAUCGCCUUGGACCCCGCCAGAGGCUUCAUGUACUGGACGGACUGGGGCGAGAUCCCCAAGAUCGAGCGGGCGGGCAUGGACGGGACCAAUCGCUCCGUCAUCGUCGAGCGCGACAUCUACUGGCCCAACGGACUCACGCUGGACUACGAGCAGCUCAAACUCUACUGGGCCGACGCCAAGCACAGCUUCAUCCACCGCUGCCAUCUGGACGGCACCAACAGGGAGGUGGUGGUGAGAGGGGAGCUGCCUCACCCGUUUGCCCUCACCCUCUUCGAGGACACGCUCUUCUGGACCGACUGGACCACGCACUCCAUCCACUCCUGCUCCAAGCACGACGGCGCCCGGCAGCGCGUGGUCCACUCGGACAUCUUCUCGCCCAUGGACAUCCACGUCUUCAGCGCCAAGAGGCAAACCCAGAUGAGCACGCCGUGCUCGCUCAACAACGGCGGCUGCUCUCACCUGUGCCUGCUGUCGCCCGACACGCCCUUCUACCGCUGCGCCUGCCCUACCGGAGUGCAGCUGCUGCGCGACGACAAGACCUGCCGAGACGGUGCCACGCGGGUGCUGCUGCUGGCUCGGCGAACGGACCUGCGGCGCAUCUCGCUGGACACGCCCGACUUCACCGCCAUCAUCCUGCAGGUGGACGACAUCCGCCACGCCAUCGCCAUCGACUACGACCCGGUGGACGGCUACAUCUACUGGACGGACGACGACGUGAAGGCCAUCCGCCGCUCGCUUCUCGACGGCGGCGACGCGCAGUUCGUGGUCACGUCGCAGGUCAACCACCCCGACGGCAUCGCCGUGGACUGGAUCGCGCGCAACCUCUACUGGACCGACACGGGCACCGACCGCAUCGAGGUCACCCGCCUCAACGGCACCAUGCGCAAGAUCCUGGUCUCCGAGGACCUGGACGAGCCCCGGGCCAUCGUCCUGGAUCCCGUCGCCGGGUACAUGUACUGGACGGACUGGGGCGAGGUGCCCAAGAUCGAGCGCGCCGACCUGGACGGGACGGAGCGGCUGGUGCUGGUCAACACCUCGCUGGGCUGGCCCAACGGCCUGGCGCUGGACUACGACGAGCGCAAGAUCUACUGGGGCGACGCCAAGACCGACAUGAUCGAGGUGAUGAACAUGGACGGGACGUCGAGACGGGUGCUGGUGGAGGACAAGCUCCCCCACAUUUUCGGCUUCACGCUGCUGGGCGACUUCAUCUACUGGACGGACUGGCAGCGGCGCAGCAUCGAGCGCGUCCACAAGCACACGGCCGAGCGGGAGGUCAUCAUCGAACAGCUGCCCGACCUCAUGGGCCUCAAGGCCGCCUACGUCCGCGAGGCCUUCGGCAGCAACGCGUGCGCCGAGAACAACGGCGGCUGCAGCCACCUUUGCCUGUUCAAGCCGCAGGGCGCGCAGUGCGCCUGCCCCAUCGGGCUGGAGCUGAUCGCCGACAUGCGCACGUGCAUCGUGCCCGAGGCCUUCCUGCUCUUCUCGCGCCACACCGACAUCCGCCGCAUCUCGCUGGAGACCAACAACAACAACGUGGCCAUCCCGCUCACCGGCGUCAAGGAGGCCUCCGCCCUGGACUUUGACGUCACCGACAACAGGAUCUACUGGACCGACAUCACCCUCAAGACCAUCAGCCGGGCCUUCAUGAACGGCAGCGCCCUGGAGCACGUGGUGGAGUUCGGGCUGGACUACCCCGAGGGCAUGGCGGUGGACUGGCUGGGCAAGAACCUGUACUGGGCCGACACGGGCACCAACCGCAUCGAGGUGGCCAAACUGGACGGCCAGCAUCGGCAGGUCCUGGUCUGGAAGGAUCUGGACAGUCCCAGGGCGCUGGCGCUGGACCCGGCCCAAGGCUACAUGUACUGGACCGAGUGGGGCGGCAAGCCCAAGAUCGACCGAGCGGCCAUGGACGGGACCGGUCGCCUCACGCUGGUGGCGGACGUGGGCCGGGCCAACGGCCUCACCAUCGACUACGCCGAGCGCCGCCUGUACUGGACCGACCUGGACACCACGCUCAUCGAGUCGUCCAACAUGCUGGGUCAGGACCGCGAGGUGAUCGCCGAAGACCUCCCCCACCCGUUCGGCCUGACCCAGUACCAAGACUACAUCUACUGGACGGACUGGAGCCAGCGCAGCAUCGAGCGGGCCAACAAGACCAGCGGGCAGAACCGCACCGUCAUCCAGGGCCACCUGGACUACGUGAUGGACAUCCUGGUCUUCCACUCGUCCCGCCAGGGCGGCUGGAACGCCUGCGCCUCCACCAACGGCCACUGCUCGCACCUCUGCCUGGCCGUGCCCGUCAGCGGCUUCGUGUGCGGCUGCCCCGCGCACUUCUCGCUGGGCUACGACAACAAGACGUGCAACGCGCCCACGUCCUUCCUGCUGUUCAGCCAGAAGACGGCCAUCAACCGCAUGGUGAUGGACGAGCAGCAGAGUCCCGACAUCAUCCUGCCCAUCCACAACCUGAGGAACGUGCGCGCCAUCGACUACGACCCGCUGGACAAGCAGCUCUACUGGAUCGACUCCAAGCAGAACGUCGUGCGCCGCGCUCAGGAGGACGGCAACCAGAGCACGACGGUGGUGUCGGGCGUGCAGCUGUACGACCUGAGCAUCGACAUCUACAGCCGCUUCAUCUACUGGACCAGCGAGCUCACCAACGUCAUCAACGUCACGCGCACCGACGGCGGCCGCGUGGGCGUGGUGCUGAGGGGCCCGCACGACAAGCCGCGCGCCAUCGUGGUCAACCCCGAGAGAGGGUACAUGUACUUCACCAACCUGCUGGAGCGCUCGCCCACUAUCGAGCGCGCGGCGCUGGACGGGACGGAGCGCGAGGUCCUCUUCUUCAGCGGGCUGGGCAAACCCGUGGCGCUGGCCGUGGACAACGAGCUGGCCAAGCUCUUCUGGGUGGACUCGGACCUGCGCCGCAUCGAGAGCAGCGACCUGUCAGGCGCCAAUCGCGUCGUGAUCGCCGACUCCAACAUCCUGCAGCCGGUGGGCCUGACGGUGUUUGGCAAGCACCUGUACUGGAUCGACAAGCAGCAGCAGAUGAUCGAGCGCAUCGACAAGACCACGCGCGAGGGCCGCACCAAGAUCCAGGCGCGCGUGGCCUACCUCAGCGACAUCCACGCCGUGCGCGAGCUGGACAUGAGGGAGUACGGUAAGCACCCGUGCACGUGGGACAACGGCGGCUGCUCGCACAUCUGCAUCGUCAAAGGCGACGGCACCACCCGCUGCUCCUGUCCCGUCCACUUGGUGCUGCUGCAGGACGAGCUGUCGUGCGGAGAGCCCCCCACGUGUUCCCCCGAGCAGUUCUCGUGCCGUUCGGGCGAAGUGGACUGCAUCCCGCAGGCGUGGCGCUGCGACGGCUACGCCGAGUGCGACGACGACAGCGACGAGCAGGACUGCCCCGUUUGCUCGGAGAGCGAGUUCCAGUGCGACAGUCGCCAGUGUGUCGACCUCGGCCUCAGGUGCAACGGCGAGGUCAACUGCCAGGACCGCUCCGACGAGAACAAGUGCGAAGUGCGCUGCCCGUUGGACCAGUUCUCGUGCGCCAACGGCCAAUGCGUGGGCAAGGACAAGAAGUGCGACGACAACAUGGACUGCGACGACAACUCGGACGAGAUGGGCUGCUCGGACUCCACAGAGGAACCGCCACCUUCCAACAACACCGUGGGUUCCAUCGUGGGCGUGGUGAUGGCGCUCUUCCUGGUGGGCGCCGUCUACUUCGUGUGCCAGCGCGUCCUGUGCCCUCAGAUGAAGGACGACAGCGAGACGGUGGCCAACGACUUUGUGGUCCACGGGCCGUCCUCGGUGCCGCUGGGAUACGUGCCGCACGCCGCCCCCCUGUCCGCCUCGCUGCCAGUCAUGUCCGGGGGCAAGUCGGCGAUCGGCUCGCUCAGCAUCAUGGGCGGCAGCAGCGGGCCGCCGUACGACCGCGCCCACAUCACCGGCGCCUCGUCCAGCAGCUCAUCCAGCACCAAGGGCGCCUACUUCCCGCCGAUUCUCAACCCGCCUCCUUCCCCCGCCACCGUCCGCUCGCAGUACACGCUGGAGUUUGGGUACUCGUCCAACAGCCCGUCCACGCACCGCUCCUACAGCUACCGGCCGUACACCUACCGC